GUGCCGGUGCGUUCGUCCGGUGCUGGGCCAUCUCUGUCACCUUCCUGGUGUUGGCUUGCGGAGGUCUUUGCUUGAGCCGCUUUCUCCAUCAAACUGGUCCGACCUGGUUGGAUGCCUGGACAUGGCUGCAAAACACCGUGGCCCAUCUGAUUGUCUUCCUGUUCCUGCAGGUGGUUCUUUCAGUUUUGCGCUCGGACAUCAUCCUGGAUUUGCUGGAGAACCAUAUCGAUUGCAGCAAGGCCCAGGCGGAGAGCCUUCGUUUCCGGACGAAGGUCCUCUGCGCAGUGGUGUGGAUCCUGGCGCUGCUGAUGUCAGGUGCAACCGCCUGGGGGUUUGUGCCGGGAUUCCUGCAUCCAAGCUACAUCGGAGCCCUUGGAAACGACCUGCCCGACCAUCGUUUCUUCUUUGCCAUCGCUCACACAUUCGCGUAUCUUGUUGUGCUUCCAAUCAUGUUCGGCAGCGGUCUGUCGGCCGUCCUCAUCUUGCUCUUGCUGCAAGAGCUGUGCUUCAUGGGCUUCCUGACAAGUCUCCAGCGGCUGAAUCCUGACAUCGGCAGUGUGGGAGUGCACCAUGCAGCAGCAGCUGCGUCUCCUUUGCAAGUCGAAGACGGAGAUCUGACCCGUUUCAAGGUUGGCUUCGUGAAGACCUG